GAAAUGAACACGCAGAACACAAAAGCGUCGCGCAAUUCUCUUGAGCGACAGUUGGGCCAUGGGGGUGGCACGGGGAUCACUUCGGCAGAGCGUCGGGAAAGAGAUGCCGCAAAAUAAUCAUCAUGCCGACUACUAGCACGAAUUCCGCGCCCCCCGAUCCGGGGUCUCGGUCAGGCCCUUCGACUGCGUCCGGAAGCGCGUACAACCCCGCGGACCGGAAAAUGGGUCCCACCACUGACACUAACCGGGCCACGGACCAGAACGUGGGGCAGGCGGCGGGUGGCCGGAUUUUGAAGCUGGAAUACCAAGGUAUAGUGUAAUGGAAAAUACAAAACUACAUCUUUUCACGACCAAAGGAGUUCGAGCUUAUCACAGACCUAAACAUCAUCUCCUUUUUUGCUCAUGCACCUCUGAUGGCAGAACGUUUUCUUUGUUCGACCUAGACCGAACCGUCCAACAAAUGUUAAAUCUCGACAGGCAACUGCUACAACUGGUUCGACCUGGAAACCACGGAGGCGGUGUACCACCGGGAUUUUAUCUCGAUUCUGAAGACGAACAUCCAGAACUACUUCGAAGUGCCCGUCCCCGAGCAGCUUUUGUUCGACCAAUCUGGCACGCUGCUUGUUCUCGAGCAGGACAUCCGCAGUGCCAUCAGCGGCCCGCGAAGGCAAAUUGAACGUGAAGGGGACCAUGACAAACCACAGCCAAAAUCCGAUGUGUUUCUCAAAUUGCUCGACCUGCGCGAGGUGCGCCAGAACCCGGAACUGUUCAAGCAAAUCCAGUACCAUCUGCAAAAGCAUUGUACCCGUACACAUUGCUGUCUGCCAUGACAGAUCUGCGUGGUUGCCUAAACCCGCAUGACAAAUUCCUGUUUUCCUUUUAUACGAAAUUUGUCAUGCAAUUUGUACUCGUGCGAGGCUUUUGCAAUGCAUAUCCAGGGUCGGUUAACGGCGAUUUCCUCCACCGUGGGUCGGAUAUCAAAAUGAAAAAUCCCCCCUCCCCAUAUCAAAACGGAAAUUUGUGAUGCUGAUUUGUGACCACAAAUCAGCUUUGUAUUGCAGAGAGGCACUGCGGCCAGAUCCCCAGGCUAGGUAGCGGCGUAUGGGUCUAGUAGUUCAGCAUGGCAAACGGCCCCCCUUUAGGCCCAACAGCGUGACAAAUCGCUUCCAUAAUGGUGCGGAAGCUUCUGCCCUUGUCUUCUUGCAAGACAGACGUGAUUUGUGACCUCAAAUCCGCAACGCAAAUUUUUGGAAACACACCUUCUCAAUAUGGGGGGGGGGAAUGUUUCCUCUCAAUAUCGGAUACAGAAAAACUUGAGCUACAUACCGCCGAAUCUGACUGGUGGAGCGAGUGACGCCGAUCUUCUUGGGGGAGCGGCAGGCCAACAACAGCGGCAAACGAUCGGGCUGACAACCUUGUUUGGACCACCGGGAGGGGAGUUGAUUCCUGGUGUGGAGGGAACGGCGCAACCUGCAGCUGGUCGAUUCAGUAAUGAUUUCUAUUUUGAUGUGGUCGAGGACUCUUUGUUCGAACAACAUGCAUGACAGGUUUAUGAAAGCAAUGCUUCUCCUUUGUGCAGGAGCAGGUUUCCAUGCGAAAUACAGCAAAAGCACAAGCAGCGUACAAACCCUGAACACCAAAACUCCCCAGCCCGGACGACCGACGUGAGACACCGAAAGUCGCGUCCUUCGCUGCUCCCACAGGUUUCAUUACAGCCACUCGUGUUGGUAGACAAAGAGCAAUCUGCAGCACUAACUGCUGGCCUGGCAACGAUUUCUCAACAGCAAAUCCAGCAGCCGCGCCAACUGCAACCUGACGUAUUUUCUCAAGCUUCUACCAACCUCGCCAACAAUCCAAAUGUCCAGCAAAUCCGGCGGGCGUUUGAGCUGGCUGGCACGUGGCGCCGCCUGCAGAGGACCUUGGUGAGAUUGAAGAGGACCGCGGUCAAUCCGAAUCUCCCUUCAAUUGAGUUUGACCAAAUGAGGGACGAACUGAUCGCCGUUUCCGAAAGGAUCCGGACUCUGGUGGAGCAGGCGAUCAAGCCAAAUUAUGCAGGAGGUGACUUUGGUCUCCAAAACCGCCUGACGCUGAUCGGCGCUGCGUCGGCGAAUCCGUUGGCUUUGAAGCCAACGUCACACGCUUUGCGGGACUUCGUGACUGUGAUGAAGCAACAAGCUGGAGCUGCUUCUGGUGCGUCGGCGGGGAUGUUGAGCUCAGCGUCUUCCGGCGCGGCUAUUAACGAUCCAAACCUGUCCUGGUUGCAGGAGUCGAAGCUGUUUGACCUGAUCGUCGGAAUCCUGCAAGUGUUCGAGCAAACGAACAGUGUGCCGAAAGAGCAACAGGAAGAGGCCUUGGUCAGAUUCGCCAUUGCGCAAGCGGAUGCGGGGAAUGUGGAGUUCUUCGCAAGUAGCGGGACGAGAGCCACUGCUGGCUCGCCGCUCGGCGCGGGAGUCGGAACGCUGGGUCUGACCAACCCGUUUGCUGGCACCGCUGAAAAUCCCAGUUCCUCCUCGCAACAGGUACGGCUUUGCACGAGAAGAAAGGUUAGCCAAGAACCCAUGAGCUGUUAGGGGCUUCAUUGUUUACCUAUUUCUGCAUGACAAACUCCUAUUUCAUGAUCUGCAUGACAAACAUAAAUCGAUCCGAAAAAACCUCAGAUUGGCAUCCAGCCCAUUCAACCCCAGUGGCCACAGUGGUCGGGCUUUGGCCGGAAAAGCAUCCCUUCGGGCGCGAAGGAGGAGGACACGAUCGACCAGUCCAGGGAGCAAUCGGCAACGCAGAACAUCACCAUUCGCGAAUCUUCACCCGGACGAGGAGGUGGACUUAGCAAAACAGCUGGGCAGCUGGUGCUACAACCAGGAAUGAACAAACUUGGCUCCUCAACGCUCGUAUUGGACCCAUUGAAUGGAUCCUCGACCGUUCUGAUGAACGGAGCAGGAAAUGCAGCUGCUAGCAGUUUAAUACAGCCAGGACCUGCUUCCCAGAGUAGUACAAGACGUAGUUCCGUGAUUCGCUCACCCCUGGACACGCUAAACGCCACGAUACCGCUGAACAAUCAGAGCAGUCUAGCCGUGGGAGAAAAAGUGCCAACAUUUGAUGGUGGAAACGAAAACCUGCAAGACGACCGCCUGCUGAGCAGCUUCAUCUUGCCGAACAAGAAGCCCACGACGUUCUCUCCCGCAACGGUUGCUCCUGCUGUAACAAGUUCUGGACCACUACAACCGGGAGCUGCAACUACUGCCGCCUUUUCCCGUGGCGCCUCGGCUCUGAAUCUGCAAAUUGGCGGGUCCAGUCCGUCUUCGGCGAAGCUGCAAAGGCAUCAGGGUACUUCUUCUAGUAGACAACCUUCCCCAACAGGACUACAGCCUGGCAGAACCGCUGCAUCUUCUCCGCCAAUUAUGAGCAAAUCCUUCAUUCCGGGUAUUCUGCAACAAAACGCGAAAAAUCGAGUGAAGCCAAUACCGCGAAAAAUCGAGGUUUUUCUGUCUCGCGUGAACAACCCAAAUCAGAAGUACGGGCUGGUGAAUGUGCCGAAUUUCGCCGACCACAACUCCCCCCCCGGGUUUUUCAACGGCUCCAGGUCGAGUUCAAAUCCGUUGCAGAAUGGCAGUUUGUUGGUAAAGUUCGUGGACCAGUACGGAUUGCUGUACCAGUGGAAUUUGGAGCAGGAAAGAUUGGCUGGACAAAAAGCUGCAUCAGGCUCAGCAUCUGAUCAACAGCUCAACACCGUAUCAAAAGAAAAAAGCAUCCUCGCACUGGUAGAAUAUAUAAAUCGCAUGACAAUGAAUCCGACCAGCAUGAAAAAUGGAAUUUGUAAUGCUGGUUAGAUUACAAAGAUAGAUCUGUCAUGGACCAUUGCCAUUACUACGAGUGCGAUGCUUUUGCAAUGCAUACACCGUCGACGUUGGCGAUUUGAUCCUGUCCGUCAACAACCAAACCACGGUGUUUGGCAUGCGGUCGGAACUGCAGAAAGCGGAUGAGGUCCGGCUCGUGGUGGUGAAGGGCGACAGCGAUAGCGGUGUUGCUGGGAUAGCAACAGCAGCCUCUGGUCCGCGGGGCCAACAACACAGUUCUUCUCUAAAUUCCAGCAUGCAACGCGGCGGCAGUCCAGUACUAGUACGGAAUCCACAAGCGGGCGUUGGAACAUCGGUGCCGCUGCUAUCUUCCACAAUCAGAAGCAGCGGUCGUGCGUCGCCUGUGACGCCGUUACUCCCGCAGGACAAUAGGCGAAGUCCAGAAAUGUCAAAUGCUGCAACUUCUGCUGCAAUGGCAUCAACGGAGGAGGCCUAUUUGCGGGCCCGCGUGGAAGAGCUAGAGAACGCUUUGCUAGAGAAGAUGGGCCUCAAGUCAACGCAGAGCAGCAAGCAAUCCGCUGGUGUUCUCAACGCGAACAUAUUCGACGCGAACCAAACACCAAACUUCGCGACCAACGCAACCAGCGAAACCGACGAGCAGUUGUCGCGGACCGUUUUGCUGCAGCCGGGCCAGGAGGUGGAGAUCAUAAAAUCCCCGACAAGGAAUAACCCGAAGUACGAGCGGCUGUUGCUGAAGGCCCCAGGGAUUGACGGUGGGGUAAAUCCAAUGGACCCUUACGGAAAAAUGAACGCGAUUUUGGAAACUUCGGCUGACCAAACGAAACAAGAACUGCGGACGAAUGAAGGAUUGUCUCCUACUUCAGCUCUGAGUCGGGCAUCCGGUCUAGGUGCGGGCAUAAGUGCUGGAGGGAGUAGCGCAAGUGCAAAUGCUGCGGGUGGGAGCAUGGCAGCUGCAAGUGGAGAGGUUGUGCAACAAGCGAACGCAGCGACGACAGCCGAGGUGGAGGACAGACUCAUGUCUGCAGCGGUGGCUGCAGGAACGAGCUACACGAACGCGUCGUCCUACGACAGCUAUUAUAGUGGAGCCGCUGGCGUAGUUCAAGGCGGCAACAACUACGACGACGCAUUUUACGAUUCCUACGACGCGACAGCAGAACAGUUCCUGCAAAACCAGAGCAAGAGCUACUCUUAUGGAACAAAUGACAUGCGAACCACAACCACCCGUGGUCGAGGUCUGAUUUGCAGAAAAAUAAGUAGACCCGCCGUCUUUUGUAUGAGAGCUACAAGGGUGCGUCCGCAUGCUGCCAUGCGGUAGCCUGUGAUUAUGUCGCGUUCAAAAAAUGAAAAACAACCUAGCGGCCAUGGUGCGAGAGUAAGUACGUGCAUUCAUGUUCCAUAAUUCCGCGUAUUCAGAAGAACAAAGACCGUCGAUGGCAGAACAAAGAUCCCCCGGCAGCCGAAUGGGCAGUAGCAGAAACUCGAAAACCACGCCAGCUGUGUUUGAAUCUUCUCUCCCCGAAGAUGCCGUCGUCUUGCCCGAGGAGGGUCAAUACUCUCUCGAUGGCGGAGGUGGAGGUGGUGGUGCUGCUGCUGCUUCUGCUGCUGCUGCACAGAGUGACUACUAUUCAGCAGCGACUGCUUCUGCCGGAAACACCACUAGAAAAACCGCCUCAACAGCCACGAGAACCUCUGUCUCCGCUGCUCAGCCGUCACGCGCUUCUCUCGCGAAAGCUGCAGCGCUUCCGACGAGUUCGUCUUCAACACAAAGAAUCGUGCCGGGCCCCCGCUCGAGCGUGACCGUGGGGGGCACGGGAUCGAUGUUGCCGGCCACCCAGCCACCGCCACGGAGAAAAAGCUCCCCCUCCGGCUCGGUCUCGCCGAAAUCGCAGUCCGCCGUGCCGAAAACGCGCAACAGCGUCAGAGCGGGAAUCGGAGGAAGUGCGGCCAGUAUGUCGUCAGCCUUCAAUAACAGCAACUCGAAGGGGACUGAUAAUUGGAACGACUAUUACAACCAAGAUUACGGCAACGGAUCCGCCACGCAAAAUAACCUUGCAAGCGGCUAUAAUCCGGCGAAAAAGCAGGCUUCGAUGUUGAAACAGGGAGAAAUUAUCGACACCUACCAGCAGGACACGUACAGAACUAGUAGUGGAAGGCCUUCCAGCAUCGGCCGGAACAGCAGGGUAUCUUCCACAAGCGGUGGAGUGACAGCGACUGCUGGUGGUGCGCAGCAGCAGGUCGUUGUGAGAAAGUCCCGAUCUUCCUCCCCAGUCUCCCCGAAUGGCGGCGCAACCAACCUACCACAGCAGCGCCCUUCCGCCCGUCGCACCAGUUCUCCCUCAAUGAUGUCUGCCGGUAACGAUAGCGGGGUUUUCGCGAAGGCAAAGCCGCGCGUGUCCAUUGGAGGAACGACAGUGGUGCCAGUUGGUGCAGGUAGUGCUUCAUCUGCAAAAGCGGCUAGUUCGGCGGUGCGGCGGAGUGUUUCGCCAGGAGCUACUACCACAGCAUCGGCGGCGGCAAAGGCGGGUGCUAGAAAUAGAAGUAGUUCCUACAACUACUACGACGAGCCCGGGGCAACGGAUGCGACCACUAGCAGCUACAAUUACAGCAACUACACCUACUACGCGGAGCCGCAAGGCAACAGCUCCAGUAACCAGCAGAGAAGGGUUAGCUUCGGCGAUACGGAGCGGAAAAGUGGCCGAGCGAGUGUUGUAAGUGGCGGUGGAAUUCGGUACCGGGUUGUCGAUCCAAAAGACCCCGUGGACAUUGCUGUAGAGAAAGCAGUGGGGAGGUUGCCGCCGACCUUGAAGCUCAGUAAAAUUUUUAUGAACUAAAUUUGUUCCGCGAAGCUGUUGCUGUUGUUCACGCAACAUCUUUACAAAAUGUUGCAAUCUGUCAUGCAUUAAAGAUGUUCCGGAGCAAAAUAAAUCACAACAUUAUGCAAGAACUCGCUCUUCUUCCUGAAAAGCCUUACACCUUGAACCUCAACACAGGCCCCACUCAAGGUGACCAGUCGAAGUUGAAGCUGGUUCGGCUGAAAACCAUGAUCUACAAGCUGGGGGACCGAAAAUUCUUCUGCAACUUGGUGAACGGCAAACUGCAGGUACGGCUGGGCGGGACGCACGUCGACUUUGAGGAGUUUGUACUGAAGACGAUCGAGUUUGACUUACACAAAGACGACUCCUUCGAGCUGCAAAUGCCGAAUCCGUACGCCUAG